GCAAAUAAAAGUAAUCGAAAAUGUAUCUGUCGUGCCUGCAUGGAUGCAGUAGGAAAAGAAAUCACUUUACAAGAUGAUAGUAUAAAACUUACAAACACCAAACAUUAUUGUUAUAAUCAUCUUAAGGAUUGCUCUUAUUUUGUAGCAAAGUAUCUAUCUGAACAAAUAAAAAAUAUACUCAGCUCAGUUGUGCCUUCAACAUCAAAAAACCAAGCAAUAAUCUGGCAUAAUAUUGUAAAUUAUGAAUUAAUGGGCAUAGUUUUUAUCACAUCUUCAGGAGAAACUUUAAUCUGGAGGGCAGAUGAUAUUAGUAUUGAGAGACAACAGCAGGAAGAAGUAAUUGCUCAAAUUCGUAUACUUUUUAAAGAGACAAAAGAAUUAAAUAUUAGAGAAAAUUGUAUUGUAACGGAUUCAGCUAGAUCAUAUACUGCGGCUCGUCAUUUUUUGAGACGUGAAAUGCGAGACAAGAUGUUUAUUCCUUGUUUUGCACAUCAAGUAAAUUGUUGUAUUGGGGAUAUAUUCAAAGAAUCUGUAGAAUUUAAAAAUGCAAGCAAACGUACUCUUGUAACCAAAGACGAUAUGAUCUCAGAUGAUGAAUUAAAGCUUCUGGCCGAUGUUAAAGCUGCCAUUAAUCGUGAUUCUUUUUGGAACUCUCUUGUAACAUUACAUGAUAUGCUUCAUCUUUUUUGUAGAGUGCUUGAUAUUAUGCAACGCGAUAAAGCUCGUCUUCAUAAUGUUUUACAUAUCUUUAGUUAUUUUAUACAAAUAUUCAAAGAGCUUGAAUUAUCAUAUUAUUACAAUGCUUGGUUUGAAGAUGAUCCAAAGCACUUACUUCAUGAACUCGAACUUUACAAACAGCAAAAGUAUCCUUUUAUUAAAAAAACCUUUAGAUACUUUAAAGGAGACAUCCACCUUUGGUGGUCACAUAAUUCUGACGCAGCACCUGAAUUGAGUCGUAUUGACGAGAAAAUGGUUGCAAUGAGUCAACUUCAUGCCGAAAUUUUACAAGAAGAAUUACUAAUUGAUGAAGAGCUGAAAGAAGAAUGGAAUGACCUUGAUGAUACUAAAAUAGAUAUAGAUUUUCUUGAUUCAGAAAUUCACACCGCUAAAAAUCAAGCUACUAAAUAG